AUGAACACGAAGAGUCCACCCAGUCUCUUGGAUCUUGCAAAGAUGAGCCUUCUACAGGACAAGACCUUGGCUAUAGAUUCUCUGAAGUCACUGCCAAGGGAACUCUUCCCACCUGUCUUCAUGGCUGCUGUGGCAGGGAGACACAGUCACAUAUUGCGGGAAAUGGUGCAAGCCUGGCCCUUUCAUCGCCUGUCCCUUGGGCCUCUGAUGGUGAAGGUUCAGGUUCAGCAGCCUUACCAUGACAUCUUAAAGGCUGCACUGGAUGGGCUAGAUGGCCUGCUUUCUCAAAAAGUUCAGCCCAAGGGAUGGAAACUGAAAGUGCUGGAUUUGCGGAGGAACGUCCAGACUAAUUUUUGGGAUAUAUGGUCUGGAACCAAGGCCCUCACUUCCUUGUGGUCAUUAGAGGAGCCAGAGACUUCCCAUUCCAGAUCAAAAAAGCAUAAAGGGGGUGAUUCAAGGACCAAUGAGAAGCACCCCGUGGCUCCUGUGGAGGUGAUCACAGACCUGUUCCUCAAGGAAGACUCUCCCGAUGAAUUAUUCACCUUCCUCUUUAACAGGGUGAAGCAGAAAAAAAGUCUGCCACGCCUGCGUUGCAGGACCCUGGAUGUUGUUGGAAUAGCAUUUGAAAAUGUUGAGGAGGUCCUGAAAGCGAUGCGACUGGAUUAUAUCCAGGAGAUAGAAGUUGAUUGCCCCUGGGAUUUGCCCACCCUGGCCAGAUUUGCUCUUCACCUGGGACAGAUGGUUAAUUUGAACAAAAUCCAUAUAUCUCAUAUCCAAACGACUCCCUGCCUCUCGCCAGAGACAGAGGACACACUAAUUGCCACAGUUACCUCUCAGUUUUUUGGUCUGCACCGACUCCGAGAGCUUUACCUGGACUCUGUCCUCUUCCUGGAAGGAUGCCUGGACCAGUUACUCAGGUGCCUGAAGAUCCCCUUGGAUACCCUUUGGAUAAUGAAUUGUGUGCUUUCAGUGUUUGACUUGGCAUAUCUGUCCGUGUGCCCAAUUACCAACCACCUGAGAAAGCUGUGUUUGAGUGGUGUCAAGCUGGCAAGCAUAAGUCCUGAGUGCCUCCAAGUUAUUCUAGAGAAAACCUCAGCCACCCUCAGGCUCCUAGACUUGAGUGAGUGUGGGCUCACAGACUCCCAGGUCACUGUCAUCCUGCCUGCUCUGAGUCACUGCUCCCAACUCAGGAUCUUAUGCUGCUGUGGAAAUCUAGUCUCCAUGGCUGUCCUCGAGAGCCUUCUGAGAAACACGAUCCCACUGAGGAACUUUGUGUGGGGACUGUUUCCUGUCCCUCUGGAGUGUUACUUGGGAACAGUAAGUCCUCACAACUUGAGGAAUGUUCGAGAGUAUCUUGAGAACUUGAGACUGAUAGUACAGGAGUUAGGGCGGCGUAGCUCGGUCUCGUUCAGUACCACCUGUGCACAAUGUGGCACCACGAAAUAUUACGUUGCAUAG